AUGGCACAGGAGGAAGGCAAGGUGGACGAGGGAGAUGUCCUGGCAUUUGCCCAAGGUCCCUCUCCUCCCAGGAGUCCCCUGCAACGUGCUUUGGACACGGCCUUCCUUAUUUUCCUGAUUCUGUUCUUGACACUGCUAAUGUUGGAGGCUGCUUAUAAGCUGCUGUGGAUUCUGCCAUGCGCAAAACUGGGGGACUGGCUCCUAGGGACACCUCAGAAAGAGGAGGAGCUGGAAUUGUGA